GUCACACCCAUGCCACCAACUGUUAUUGUCGAGAAAGAGCCACGAGGAAGAGACAUUGUGUUCUUGCUGGAUGGAUCUGAUGGUACUCGAACUGGAUUCUCAGCUAUGCGUGACUUUGUCCAAAGAAUAGUUGAGACAAUGAGUGUGGAUGACAACAGAGACCGUGUCUCAGUGGUCCAAUACAGCAGGGAUCCAUCCGUCCACUUCUAUUUGAACACUUACACAACCAAAGCUGAGAUCCUUAACACUGUCAGAGGACUGAGGCAUAAGGGGGGAAGACCUCUCAACACUGGAGCAGCUCUCCAGUACUUGAGGGAUAAUGUCUUCACAGCCCCUGCUGGAAGCAGGAGCCUGAAAGGAGUUCCACAAAUCCUAAUCUUGUUAAAUGGUGGAAGGUCUUUUGACAAUGUUGACGCAGCAGCCUCUGCCCUGAAACAGAUGGGUGUCUUGAUAUAUCCAAUUGGAAACAGGGGCUCUGACAGCAGAGAACUGCAGAAGAUAUCCCAUGAUCCCCGUUCAGCUGUAACUGUGACCGAAUUUACUGACCUUCCAAGUGUCCAACAGCAAAUUGAGUCCUCCUUGGGGGUUGUGGUGACUGACAUCACUCCAGAACCAACAACUGUAUUUGUUCAACCUGACAUGGUCAAAAAGGAUAUUGUAUUCCUUCUGGAUGGUUCAGAUGGCACAAGGAAUGGCUUCCCUGCUAUGCGAGAUCUUGUUGAGAGAGUGGUGGAAAAACUCAAUGUGGGAGAAAACAAUGACCGUGUCUCCGUUGUCCAGUACAGCAGAGAUACAGAAGUUCAUUUCUACUUGAACACCUACAAAACCAGAGAGGAUGUUGUUGAUUCAGUGAGAGGGCUGCAACACAGAGGAGGCAGACCCCUCAACACUGGAGCAGCCUUGCAAUACAUAGGAGACAAUGUGUUUACAAACACUUCUGGAAGUAGGCGGCUGCAAGGGGUUCCACAGUUGUUGAUCCUGUUAUCUGGUGGAAGGUCAUUUGACAAUGUUGAUACCCCGGCCUCUGCGCUCAAACAGCAGGGCAUCUUUGCAGUUGGCAUUGGAACAAGGACCUCUGACAGGAGAGAACUGCAGAAAAUAUCAUAUGACCCAACGUAUGCCCUCUUAGUUUCUGAGUUCAAUGACCUCCCCGAUGUCCAAGAACAGCUCUUUUCUGUUUUGAGUACAAUGCCAGCAAGGGUCACACCCAUGCCACCAACUGUUAUUGUCGAGAAAGAGCCACGAGGAAGAGACAUUGUGUUCUUGCUGGAUGGAUCUGAUGGUACUCGAACUGGAUUCUCAGCUAUGCGUGACUUUGUCCAAAGAAUAGUUGAGACAAUGAGUGUGGAUGACAACAGAGACCGUGUCUCAGUGGUCCAAUACAGCAGGGAUCCAUCCGUCCACUUCUAUUUGAACACUUACACAACCAAAGCUGAGAUCCUUAACACUGUCAGAGGACUGAGGCAUAAGGGGGGAAGACCUCUCAACACUGGAGCAGCUCUCCAGUACUUGAGGGAUAAUGUCUUCACAGCCCCUGCUGGAAGCAGGAGCCUGAAAGGAGUUCCACAAAUCCUAAUCUUGUUAAAUGGUGGAAGGUCUUUUGACAAUGUUGACGCACCAGCCUCUGCCCUGAAACAGAUGGGUGUCUUGAUAUAUCCAAUUGGAAACAGGGGCUCUGACAGCAGAGAACUGCAGAAGAUAUCCCAUGAUCCCCGUUCAGCUGUAACUGUGACCGAAUUUACUGACCUUCCAAGUGUCCAACAGCAAAUUGAGUCCUCCUUGGGGGUUGUGGUGACUGACAUCACUCCAGAACCAACAACUGUAUUUGUUCAACCUGACAUGGUCAAAAAGGAUAUUGUAUUCCUUCUGGAUGGUUCAGAUGGCACAAGGAAUGGCUUCCCUGCUAUGCGAGAUCUUGUUGAGAGAGUGGUGGAAAAACUCAAUGUGGGAGAAAACAAUGACCGUGUCUCCGUUGUCCAGUACAGCAGAGAUACAGAAGUUCAUUUCUACUUGAACACCUACAAAACCAGAGAGGAUGUUGUUGAUUCAGUGAGAGGGCUGCAACACAGAGGAGGCAGACCCCUCAACACUGGAGCAGCCUUGCAAUACGUAGGAGACAAUGUGUUUACAAACACUUCUGGAAGUAGGCGGCUGCAAGGGGUUCCACAGUUGUUGAUCCUGUUAUCUGGUGGAAGGUCAUUUGACAAUGUUGAUACCCCAGCCUCUGCGCUCAAACAGCAGGGCAUCUUUGCAGUUGGCAUUGGAACAAAGACCUCUGACAGGAGAGAACUGCAGAAAAUAUCAUAUGACCCAACGUAUGCCCUCUUAGUUUCUGAGUUCAAUGACCUCCCCGAUGUCCAAGAACAGCUCUUUUCUGUUUUGAGUACAGUGCCAGCAAGGGUCACACCCAUGCCACCAACUGUUAUUGUCGAGAAAGAGCCACGAGGAAGAGACAUUGUGUUCUUGCUGGAUGGAUCUGAUGGUACUCGAACUGGAUUCUCAGCUAUGCGUGACUUUGUCCAAAGAAUAGUUGAGACAAUGAGUGUGGAUGACAACAGAGACCGUGUCUCAGUGGUCCAAUACAGCAGGGAUCCAUCCGUCCACUUCUAUUUGAACACUUACACAACCAAAGCUGAGAUCCUUAACACUGUCAGAGGACUGAGGCAUAAGGGGGGAAGACCUCUCAACACUGGAGCAGCUCUCCAGUACUUGAGGGAUAAUGUCUUCACAGCCCCUGCUGGAAGCAGGAGCCUGAAAGGAGUUCCACAAAUCCUAAUCUUGUUAAAUGGUGGAAGGUCUUUUGACAAUGUUGACGCACCAGCCUCUGCCCUGAAACAGAUGGGUGUCUUGAUAUAUCCAAUUGGAAACAGGGGCUCUGACAGCAGAGAACUGCAGAAGAUAUCCCAUGAUCCCCGUUCAGCUGUAACUGUGACCGAAUUUACUGACCUUCCAAGUGUCCAACAGCAAAUUGAGUCCUCCUUGGGGGUUGUGGUGACUGACAUCACUCCAGAACCAACAACUGUAUUUGUUCAACCUGACAUGGUCACAAAGGAUAUUGUAUUCCUUCUGGAUGGUUCAGAUGGCACAAGGAAUGGCUUCCCUGCUAUGCGAGAUCUUGUUGAAAGAGUGGUGGAAAAACUCAAUGUGGGAGAAAACAAUGACCGUGUCUCCGUUGUCCAGUACAGCAGAGAUACAGAAGUUCAUUUCUACUUGAACACCUACAAAACCAGAGAGGAUGUUGUUGAUUCAGUGAGAGGGCUGCAACACAGAGGAGGCAGACCCCUCAACACUGGAGCAGCCUUGCAAUACGUAGGAGACAAUGUGUUUACAAACACUUCUGGAAGUAGGCGGCUGCAAGGGGUUCCACAGUUGUUGAUCCUGUUAUCUGGUGGAAGGUCAUUUGACAAUGUUGAUACCCCAGCCUCUGCGCUCAAACAGCAGGGCAUCUUUGCAGUUGGCAUUGGAACAAGGACCUCUGACAGGAGAGAACUGCAGAAAAUAUCAUAUGACCCAGCGUAUGCCCUCUUAGUUUCUGAGUUCAAUGACCUCCCCGAUGUCCAAGAACAGCUCUUUUCUGUUUUGAGUACAAUGCCAGCAAGGGUCACACCCAUGGCACCAACUGUUAUUGUCGAGAAAGAGCCACGAGGAAGAGACAUUGUGUUCUUGCUGGAUGGAUCUGAUGGUACUCGAACUGGAUUCUCAGCUAUGCGUGACUUUGUCCAAAGAAUAGUUGAGACAAUGAGUGUGGAUGACAACAGAGACCGUGUCUCAGUGGUCCAAUACAGCAGGGAUCCAUCCGUCCACUUCUAUUUGAACACUUACACAACCAAAGCUGAGAUCCUUAACACUGUCAGAGGACUGAGGCAUAAGGGGGGAAGACCUCUCAACACUGGAGCAGCUCUCCAGUACUUGAGGGAUAAUGUCUUCACAGCCCCUGCUGGAAGCAGGAGCCUGAAAGGAGUUCCACAAAUCCUAAUCUUGUUAAAUGGAGGAAGGUCUUUUGACAAUGUUGACGCACCAGCCUCUGCCCUGAAACAGAUGGGUGUCUUGAUAUAUCCAAUUGGAAACAGGGGCUCUGACAGCAGAGAACUGCAGAAGAUAUCCCAUGAUCCCCGUUCAGCUGUAAUUGUGACCGAAUUUACUGACCUUCCAAGUGUCCAACAGCAAAUUGAGUCCUCCUUGGGGGUUGUGGUGACUGACAUCACUCCAGAACCAACAACUGUAUUUGUUCAACCUGACAUGGUCAAAAAGGAUAUUGUAUUCCUUCUGGAUGGUUCAGAUGGCACAAGGAAUGGCUUCCCUGCUAUGCGAGAUCUUGUUGAGAGAGUGGUGGAAAAACUCAAUGUGGGAGAAAACAAUGACCGUGUCUCCGUUGUCCAGUACAGCAGAGAUACAGAAGUUCAUUUCUACUUGAACACUUACAAAACCAGAGAGGAUGUUGUUGAUUCAGUGAGAGGGCUGCGACACAGAGGAGGCAGACCCCUCAACACUGGAGCAGCCUUGCAAUACGUAGGAGACAAUGUGUUUACAAACACUUCUGGAAGUAGGCGGCUGCAAGGGGUUCCACAGUUGUUGAUCCUGUUAUCUGGUGGAAGGUCAUUUGACAAUGUUGAUACCCCAGCCUCUGCGCUCAAACAGCAGGGCAUCUUUGCAGUUGGCAUUGGAACAAAGACCUCUGACAGGAGAGAAUUGCAGAAAAUAUCAUAUGAUCCAACGUAUGCCCUCUUAGUUUCUGAGUUCAAUGACCUCCCCGAUGUCCAAGAACAGCUCUUUUCUGUUUUGAGUACAGUGCCAGCAAGGGUCAUACCCAUGCCACCAACUGUUAUUGUCGAGAAAGAGCCACGAGGAAGAGACAUUGUGUUCUUGCUGGAUGGAUCUGAUGGUACUCGAACUGGAUUCUCAGCUAUGCGUGACUUUGUCCAAAGAAUAGUUGAGACAAUGAGUGUGGAUGACAACAGAGACCGUGUCUCAGUGGUCCAAUACAGCAGGGAUCCAUCCGUCCACUUCUAUUUGAACACUUACACAACCAAAGCUGAGAUCCUUAACACUGUCAGAGGACUGAGGCAUAAGGGGGGAAGACCUCUCAACACUGGAGCAGCUCUCCAGUACUUGAGGGAUAAUGUCUUCACAGCCCCUGCUGGAAGCAGGAGCCUGAAAGGAGUUCCACAAAUCCUAAUCUUGUUAAAUGGUGGAAGGUCUUUUGACAAUGUUGACGCACCAGCCUCUGCCCUGAAACAGAUGGGUGUCUUGAUAUAUCCAAUUGGCAACAGGGGCUCUGACAGCAGAGAACUGCAGAAGAUAUCCCAUGAUCCCCGUUCAGCUGUAACUGUGACUGAAUUUACUGACCUUCCAAGUGUCCAACAGCAAAUUGAAUCCUCCUUGGGGGUUGUGGUGACUGACAUCACUCCAGAAUCAACAACUGUAUUUGUUCAACCUGACAUGGUCAAAAAGGAUAUUGUAUUCCUUCUGGAUGGUUCAGAUGGCACAAGGAAUGGCUUCCCUGCUAUGCGAGAUCUUGUUGAGAGAGUGGUGGAAAAACUCAGUGUGGGAGAAAACAAUGACCGUGUCUCUGUUGUCCAGUACAGCAGAGAUACAGAAGUUCAUUUCUACUUGAACACCUACAAAACCAGAGAGGAUGUUGUUGAUUCAGUGAGAGGGCUGCGACACAGAGGAGGCAGACCCCUCAACACUGGAGCAGCCUUGCAAUACGUAGGAGACCAUGUGUUUACAAACACUUCUGGAAGUAGGCGGCUGCAAGGGGUUCCACAGUUGUUGAUCCUGUUAUCUGGUGGAAGGUCAUUUGACAAUGUUGAUACCCCAGCCUCUGCGCUCAAACAGCAGGGCAUCUUUGCAGUUGGCAUUGGAACUAGGACCUCUGACAGGAGAGAACUGCAGAAAAUAUCAUAUGACCCAACGUAUGCCCUCUUAGUUUCUGAGUUCAAUGAUCUCCCCGAUGUCCAAGAACAGCUCUUUUCUGUUUUGAGUACAAUGCCAGCAAGGGUCACACCCAUGCCACCAACAGUUAUUGUCGAGAAAGAGCCACGAGGAAGAGACAUUGUGUUCUUGCUGGAUGGAUCUGAUGGUACUCGAACUGGAUUCUCAGCUAUGCGUGACUUUGUCCAAAGAAUAGUUGAGACAAUGAGUGUGGAUGACAACAGAGACCGUGUCUCAGUGGUCCAAUACAGCAGGGAUCCAUCCGUCCACUUCUAUUUGAACACUUACACAACCAAAGCUGAGAUCCUUAACACUGUCAGAGGACUGAGGCAUAAGGGGGGAAGACCUCUCAACACUGGAGCAGCUCUCCAGUACUUGAGGGAUAAUGUCUUCACAGCCCCUGCUGGAAGCAGGAGCCUGAAAGGAGUUCCACAAAUCCUAAUCUUGUUAAAUGGUGGAAGGUCUUUUGACAAUGUUGACACUCCAGCCUCUGCCCUGAAACAGAUGGGUGUCUUGAUAUAUCCAAUUGGCAACAGGGGCUCUGACAGCAGAGAACUGCAGAAGAUAUCCCAUGAUCCCCGUUCAGCUGUAACUGUGACUGAAUUUACUGACCUUCCAAGUGUCCAACAGCAAAUUGAAUCCUCCUUGGGGGUUGUGGUGACUGACAUCACUCCAGAAUCAACAACUGUAUUUGUUCAACCUGACAUGGUCAAAAAGGAUAUUGUAUUCCUUCUGGAUGGUUCAGAUGGCACAAGGAAUGGCUUCCCUGCUAUGCGAGAUCUUGUUGAGAGAGUGGUGGAAAAACUCAGUGUGGGAGAAAACAAUGACCGUGUCUCUGUUGUCCAGUACAGCAGAGAUACAGAAGUUCAUUUCUACUUGAACACCUACAAAACCAGAGAGGAUGUUGUUGAUUCAGUGAGAGGGCUGCGACACAGAGGAGGCAGACCCCUCAACACUGGAGCAGCCUUGCAAUACGUAGGAGACCAUGUGUUUACAAACACUUCUGGAAGUAGGCGGCUGCAAGGGGUUCCACAGUUGUUGAUCCUGUUAUCUGGUGGAAGGUCAUUUGACAAUGUUGAUACCCCAGCCUCUGCGCUCAAACAGCAGGGCAUCUUUGCAGUUGGCAUUGGAACUAGGACCUCUGACAGGAGAGAACUGCAGAAAAUAUCAUAUGACCCAACGUAUGCCCUCUUAGUUUCUGAGUUCAGUGAUCUCCCCGAUGUCCAAGAACAGCUCUUUUCUGUUUUGAGUACAAUGCCAGCAAGGGUCACACCCAUGCCACCAACAGUUAUUGUCGAGAAAGAGCCACGAGGAAGAGACAUUGUGUUCUUGCUGGAUGGAUCUGAUGGUACUCGAACUGGAUUCUCAGCUAUGCGUGACUUUGUCCAAAGAAUAGUUGAGACAAUGAGUGUGGAUGACAACAGAGACCGUGUCUCAGUGGUCCAAUACAGCAGGGAUCCAUCCGUCCACUUCUAUUUGAACACUUACACAACCAAAGCUGAGAUCCUUAACACUGUCAGAGGACUGAGGCAUAAGGGGGGAAGACCUCUCAACACUGGAGCAGCUCUCCAGUACUUGAGGGAUAAUGUCUUCACAGCCCCUGCUGGAAGCAGGAGCCUGAAAGGAGUUCCACAAAUCCUAAUCUUGUUAAAUGGUGGAAGGUCUUUUGACAAUGUUGACGCUCCAGCCUCUGCCCUGAAACAGAUGGGUGUCUUGAUAUAUCCAAUUGGAAACAGGGGAUCUGACAGCAGAGAACUACAGAAGAUAUCCCAUGAUCCCCGUUCAGCUGUAACUGUGACCGAAUUUACUGACCUUCCAAGUGUCCAACAGCAAAUUGAGUCCUCCUUGGGGGUUGUGGUGACUGACAUCACUCCAGAACCAACAACUGUAUUUGCUGAGUCUCAAGGCCCCCGGAAGGACAUUGUUUUCCUUGUGGAUGGUUCUGAUGGUGUUGGACGGGAAUUUCCGAUCAUCCAGGAAUUUAUCCGCAGGGUUGUGGAGAGUCUUAAUGUUGGUGACAACAGGAUCCAGAUUGGAGUGGUUCAGUAUAGUGACACCGCAUCGGCUGACAUGUAUCUGAACACACAUACAACCAAAGAAGGUGUCUUGAAUGCCGUCAGGGGGAUGAGGCAACGCAGAGGGAGAAGGCGUAAUCUGGGUCAGGCUUUGGAGUUCAUCAGCCAAGAUGUUCUGACAAUGUCACGUGGAAGCAGGAAGCAAGAGGGUGUACCGCAGUUUGUAAUUGUUGUCUCCAGUGGAGAUUCUACAGAUGACAUCACUCGUGCCGCAUCAUCUCUCAAACAAUCAAGAGUUAUUCCCUUCAGCAUUGGAACCAGGGAUGUCAACCCAGCAGAGCUCCAGGUGGUGUCAUAUGUUACAAACUUUGCCUACCCUGUAGAUGACCUACCUGGACUUUACACAGUCCAAGAAAACUUGAUCACCACUCUUACCGAGUUGUCAGAUGAUGAAAUCGCCAGAAUGCGCCCAGUAUUCCCAACCACUGACGUUACCACACAAGAACCCACUGGAGGAGAAAAGAGGGAUGUUGUCUUUCUAAUUGAUGGAAGAAGUGCAAUGCGUAGCGAUUUUCCCUCCAUCCGUGAAAUGAUAGGAAGAAUUGUAGAGAAGCUGGAUGUGGGACCCGAUAAGGUCCAAAUUUCAGUGGUGCAGUACAGUGAUAAACCAACUGUGGAGUUUCUUCUGAAUGAAUUCUCAUCCAAAGAUGAAGUGCGCCGGGCUGUGUCAAGACUUCGAAGCAGGGGUGGGACACAGCUAAACACUGGACGUGCUCUUGAAUAUGUCUCCAGAAACAUCUACCAGAGGUCAGCAGGAAGCCGUAUUGAAGAAGGUGUUCCUCAGUUCCUCAUUCUUAUUACUGGUGGCAAGUCCACAGAUGAUGUUUCUGCUCCAGCUGACCAACUUAAGAGGGACCAUGUAGCACCUGUGGCGAUUGGCUCAAGGAAUGCAGACCCUGAUGAGCUGAGGCAGAUAUCCCUGAAUCCUGAACUUGUAUAUACAGUUGACACAUUCCAACAGCUUCCCAGAGUGGAGCAACAGCUCAUUACUUCAGUCAACACAAUGACCGCUGACGAUAUCAGGCGUAGUUAUGUUCCACCCUCAGUUCCCUUAGAUCUCGGAAGAAAGGACAUUAUUUUCCUCAUUGAUGGCUCUGACAGUACAGGUCCUGUUGGCACUGCCCAUAUCCGUGACUUCAUCCUAAACAUUGUCCAGCAACUUGAUGUACAGCCUGAUCAGAUACAGGUGGCUCUUGUUCAGUAUGCAGACAGAGUUAAAACUGAGUUUUCUCUGAACUCACACAACAAGCCAGAUAUUAUCGCUGCCAUCAAAAAGCUCCAUCCUAUGGGUGGACGGUCUUCAAAUCUGGCUGAUGCCAUUGAGUAUGUCAUACAGCGUGAGUUAAAGACCUCUGCUGGGGUUCGUCCAACUGAGGCCUCCCAGCAUCUUGUUGUUCUGACAGGAGAUCGUUCCCCCCAAGAUGUUUCUACAUAUGGUCCUCGCCUUAAAAAUGCUCGGGUCAACUGCAUUGGUGUUGGGGCUGAGAAUGCUGACAGAGAGCAGCUAACCCAAAUUGCUAAGAGCUCAGAUGAUGUACUUCAGGUUCCUGCAUUCCCUGGCCUGCAAACAAUCCAGAACAGGGUUAUUUCCAGAUUAAGAGGGACCCUCCCCGAAAUUCGCACUGACUAUGAGGAACCUAUUGUCACACCAGCACCCACUGGAGGAGAAAAGAGGGACGUGGUAUUUCUAAUUGAUGGCACAAACGCAGUUCGAAGCGAGUUCCCCUCCAUCCGUGAAAUGAUAAGAAGAGUUGUAGAGAAGCUGGAUGUGGGACUGGACAACGUCCGAAUUUCUGUGGUGCAAUACAGUGAUAAACCAACUGUGGAGUUUCUUCUGAAUGAAUUCUCAUCCAAAGAUGAAGUGCGCCGGGCUGUGUCAAGACUUCGAAGCAAGGGUGGGACAGAGCUAAACACAGGUCGUGCUCUUGAAUAUGUCUCCAGAAACAUCUACCAGAGGUCAGCAGGAAGCCGUAUUGAAGAAGGUGUUCCUCAGUUCCUCAUUCUUGUUACUGGUGGCAAGUCCACAGAUGAUGUUUCUGCUCCAGCUGAGCAACUUAAGAAGAACCAUGUAGCACCCGUGGCGAUUGGCUCAAGGAAUGCGGACCCCGAUGAGCUGAGACAGAUAUCUUUGAAGCCUGAACUUGUAUAUACAGUUGACACUUUCCAACAGCUUCCCAGAGUGGAGCAACAGCUCAUUACUUCAGUCAACACAAUGACCGCUGACGAUAUCACCCGUAGUUAUGUUCCACCCUCAGUGCCCUCAAGUCCCUUAGAUCUAGGAAAAAAGGACAUUAUUUUCCUCAUUGAUGGCUCUGACAGUACAGGUCCUGUUGGCACUGCCCAUAUCCGUGACUUCAUCCUCAACAUUGUCCAGCAACUUGAUGUACAGCCUGAUCAGAUACAGGUGGCUCUUGUUCAGUAUGCAGACAGAGUUAAAACUGAGUUUUCUCUGAACUCACACAACAACAAGCCAGAUGUUAUCGCUGCCAUCAAAAAGCUCCGUCAUAUGGGUGGACGGUCUUCAAAUCUGGCUGAUGCCAUUGAAUAUGUCAUACAGCGUGAGUUAAAGGCCUCUGCUGGGGUUCGUCCAACUGAGGCCUCCCAGCAUCUUGUUGUUCUCACAGGAGAUCGUUCCCCCCAAGAUGUUUCUCUAUAUGGUCCUCGGCUUAAAAAUGCUCGGGUCAACUGCAUUGGUGUUGGGGCUGAGAAUGCUGACAGAGAGCAGCUAACCCAAAUUGCCAAGAGCUCAGAUGAUGUACUUCAGGUUCCUGCAUUCCCUGGCCUGCAAACAAUCCAGAACAGUGUUAUUUCCAGAUUAAGAGGGACCCUCCCUGAAAUAUCCACGGACUAUGAGGAACCUACAGGUGGCCUGCCUUCCCCAAAAAAGGCUGACAUAGUGUUUUUGGUUGAUGGCUCCAUUAAUUUAGGAAGGGACAACUUCAAAUUAGUGAUGGAGUUUAUAAUCAACCUAAUAGAUUUGUUCUUCAGUGAUAGAGACAACCUUCAGUUUGCCCUGGCACAUUAUGCCACAGAUGUGACUGAUGUCUUCUACCUCAACACAUACAAGAACAAACAAGACAUUCUCAAUGCCAUCAGCCAAGUUGACUACAAAGGUGGACGUCGUAUUAACACGGGUGCAGCAAUUCGUCACAUUCAAGACAAUCACUUCACCAAAGAAAAAGGUAGCAGGAUGGAGGACGGGGUUCCACAAAUCCUAAUGGUUAUCAAGGGGGGACCUUCAGCCGAUGACAGCAAAACUGCAGCCCUUGGUCUGAAGAAAACUGGUGUCAGAAUCUUUGCUGUAGGCGUUGGUGAUAUUGAAAAUGAGCUAGAAAACAUUGCAAGUGAGUCCACCACUGUUGCUCGAGCCAGUACCUUCCAGGACCUCUCAGAACUCAAUGAGCAAAUCCUGGAGACUUUGGAUGAUGAAGUGAAGGGGACAUUGUGUCAAACUGUAGCAGAAGCUCCAAAAAGCUGCAACGUGGAGGUGUUAGUGGGCUUUGAUGUGUCUGCUCAGAACAUUUUCACUGCUCAGCCCAACCUUCAGAAACACAUGGAAGCCAUUCUGAAUAGGAUUUCCAAAAUAGCCAGCAUCAGUUGCUCAUCCGGACAGAUUCCCUCUGUGCAAGUGGGCAUACUGGCUAUGGACUCUACCAAUACUCCUGUCCAGGUAGACUUCACAAGCAAUGCUUCUGAGCUUAUUGAGGCCUUCAGGACCUUCCACAGCCGAGGCCCCUUUGUACUCAAUGGAAAAACCAUCUCAGCUUAUGCUGAAAGGUUCAAGAACAGACAGGACGAUGCUGUCAAGGUUGUUAUUCACCUCACCGAUGGUCUUGAUCAACUAGAUGCUGAUAUGAAAGCACAAGUUGAAAACCUUCAGCAGUCAGGAGUAAGCAGUUUUCUCUUGGUUGGCUUGGAGAGGGUACCACAGUUUGAGGAAGCCGUGGCGCUGGAGUUUGGUCGAGGCUUCAGAUACACCAGACCUUUACGCAUCAACAUUGUGGACCUAGACUAUGAGCUUUUGGAAGAACUGAACAACAUUGCAGAAAGGGAGUGCUGUGGAGUUCCAUGCAAAUGCACUGGUACCAGAGGAGAUCGAGGAGCAGUUGGACUUCCAGGAACUAAGGGUAACCCAGGAGCAGCAGGAAGCCCGGGACAUCCUGGAGAUGAGGGCGGCCCUGGAGAGCGAGGACCCCCUGGUGUGAAUGGAACUCAGGGAUUCCAGGGAUGUCCUGGGCAAAGAGGUGUCAAGGGUUCCCGUGGGUACUCAGGAGAAAAGGGUGAAAAUGGAGAACUUGGUCUUGAUGGUAUCAAUGGUGAAGAAGGCAAAAGCGGAGUGACUGGACCUCCUGGAGAAAGAGGAAAUCCUGGUAGAAGAGGCCCAAAAGGUGCCAAAGGACAAGCAGGAGAUGGAGGAGAACUUGGAAUCAGAGGAGAUCCGGGUGUAUCAGGACAAGAUAACAUCCAGAGAGGACCAAAGGGAGACCCUGGUGAUGCUGGACCAGUGGGAGACCCUGGUGAGGAUGGAGAGGACGGAGAACCUGGUGAUCCUGGAAGAACGGGACCUGGUGGCAGGAGAGGCCCCCCUGGAGUGCCUGGAAAUCCUGGAAGGCCAGGUGCUGACGGUGUGCUGGGAGAACUUGGCAUUGCAGGAAUAAGGGGUCCACCUGGAUCAAGAGGUGUACCAGGAAAGAAAGGGGAGGUGGGAAACCCUGGACCCAGAGGUCCUGGAGGUGUACAGGGUCCCCCUGGAGAAAAAGGUAGAAGAGGACCUCUUGGUCGAAAGGGAGAGCCUGGAGACCCGGGAGCAAGAGGUGUUCAGGGACCUGUUGGCCCCAGAGGAGAGUCUGGUCAAGAUGGCAGUGAUGGAUUUGGGGAACCAGGUCCAGAUGGAAGAAGGGGUGAUGCAGGAUUCCCGGGCUUCCCAGGACCAAAGGGAGCAGCUGGUGAUGCUGGGUCCAAAGGAGGACCUGGACCCAGAGGAAAUCGUGGCCAGAGGGGUGUUUCUGGGGCUGUUGGUGAUCCUGGACAGAAGGGAGAGAUUGGAUAUCCUGGGCCCUAUGGACAGAAAGGGCCGAGAGGACCGGGUGUUGUGCAAUGUGACCUGGUCAAGAAAAUCAGAGACAACUGCCCUUGCUGUUAUGGUCAGCAGGAAUGCCCUCUCUACCCCACUGAGCUGGCCUUUGCCCUUGAUGUCUCUGAUGGCGUCAGCCGCGCUGCCUUUAAUAACAUGCGCGAUACAGUCCUCCGACUGGUCCGGGAUAUCACCAUCUCUGAGAGUAACUGCCCGAGAGGAGCGCGCGUUGCUCUGACCAUGUACAACAACGAAGUGACCACUGAGGUUCGGUUUGCUGAUGCCUUGAAGAAACAAGCCCUGGUGCAGCGCAUUGAGGGACUGCAGAGUCUACAGACCCGUAAGCAACGCAGCUUGGACACAGCCAUGAACUUUGUUGCCCAGAACACCUUCAAACGGGUACGCAGUGGCUUCCUCAUGAGGAAAGUGGCAGUAUUCUUUGUCAAUGGUCCGGUGAAGGACACACAGGCAGUUAGUGCUGCUGCCCUCCGCCUCCAUUCUGCUGGAAUCGCCUCUUUGGUCUUGGUCAACCGUGAAGACAGAGCACUCACAAGGGCAUUGCAGAUCAACAACACAGCACUGGCCCAAGUCAUAGCCCUUCCAAGUCCAGGUAGCGCGCAGUACAAUACCGCCAUCCAGAAGGUCAUGAGCUGCCAUGUCUGCUUCGAUGCCUGCUCUCCAGCCCAGAUGUGUGACUAUGUACCUCCAUCAGCCAGCAGAGACAGAAGAUCUUUCGCUACAGAUGUGGACAUUGACAUGGCUUUCAUCAUAGACAGUUCUGAGUCUACUUACCCAACUGUUUUUACUGAAAUUAAACGCUACAUUGCACAUAUUGUGGAACAGCUACAAGUGUCCUCAGAUCCCACAUCGUCCAUUCACCAUGCCAGAGUAUCUGUGGUUCAACAAGCACCCUAUGAGUUCGUUCAUAACAAUAGUGGCUUGCCCAUCCUCAUAGAUAUUGGCUUGACCGAACACCGCUCCACUGAGGAUAUCGUCAAAUACCUUCUUGAGAAAACACCACAGUUAGAAGGUGGCCGGGCCCUGGCAGCUGCCAUUCCGUCAAUAGUGGAGCAAGUGUUUGAGGUGGCACCAGUCCAGCGUGACAGGAAAGUCCUGAUGCUCUUUGUGACUGGAAGUGUGGAAGAACAUGAGGAGCAGCUGGUGCAUGCUGCCACUGACAUCAAGUGCAAAGGAUAUUUCCUUGUCAUUUUUGGUGUUGGUCACAAAGUGAGUGCUGGGGACGCCCGAGUUUUAGCACGGAUGGCCAGUGAGCCAUCAGAUGUCUUCUUCAAAAGGCUGGAAACUAUCUCACACUUUUAUGACAAACAAAUUCAGACCUUUGGUCAACUUCUGCCUAAGUACAUCAGCAUUGAAAAUGCUUUCUACAUGUCCCCUGAAGUUGCCAAAAACUGCACAUGGUUUCAGAGUGAUCAGCCACUAAGAAAUCCUUUUAAAUCAUCACAUGACCUCACAGAGCAGGAGAAACAUCAAAAACAGCAUGAAAAUCUCCAAGCUGUUCACCACCAAAAGCACACAGACACAACAGAGCUCCACGUUACUAACAUCACCUCCAACAGCCUGAAGUUGCAUUGGUCUAUCCCAGAUCCUAAGCUCUUUGUCUACUAUGAGGUGGUGAUUACAAGGUUGCAGGACCAUGCCCUGGUUCUGAAGACCAACGUAUCCAGAACAGAGCUCUAUGUGGACAACUUGGAAAGUGCCACAUCAUAUCACGCUGUGGUCACGGCACACACUGCACAGGGUCACACUGUCUCGACUCGCAAAGGCAUCAUCACUACCAAAGCAGCAGAUCCCAGAUCAGCCAGCCAAGAGACCCAUCCAGUGAUAACUGCACCACUGGACAAACCGGAAACUGUUAAAGACAUUGCCAACCCAUGCUCACUUGACUAUGACCCUGGAAUGCCAUGCAAAGACUAUCAGGCUAAGUGGUUCUUUGACACAAAGUACAAGAUCUGUUCCCAGUUCUGGUAUGGAGGUUGUGGAGGCAAUGACAAUAGGUUCGAGACUGAGACCCUCUGCUUGAAACACUGCAUGAGGUCAGAGUUGCAGCCGCAGCAAGAAGUCAAACAGGUUGAACAGGUGAAGAUCCUCCCGGCUCCUGCGUCUCUUACAGCUGUGAAUAUUUGCCAGCUGCCCAAAGAGGAAGGAGCCUGUGCCAAAUUUGUCCUGAAAUGGCAUUUUGAUGCCUCCAGCAAGAGCUGCACACGGUUCUGGUAUGGAGGCUGUGGUGGGAACCAGAAUCGCUUCGACACAUAUGAACAGUGUGCGAAAGCUUGUGGAAAACCAGGAGCCAUCAGACGACCAGUCAUCCCUGCAAUGAAAACAUAAAAUAAUAGGUACCCAAUGGCCAGCUUUUACCUCUGUGCAGGGGAUUCUGAGGAAAACCAACCAAAAUGGCCGUAGAGAUGCGAUACCAAGGCAAUGGUGGCUGCACUGGAUUCCACAAAAAAUGGACUUCAUCCCUAAAUUUCUGGAAGUCAUUUUGUUUUGUGCAAAAACGAAAAGAGAGAAGGAAAGCAACACAAAUUGCUGCAUGAUUUGUUUUAACUUACUGGUGCUACAUAGUAUGUUUGUUUUGCAGAUGAAGUUGUGAAGUGCAUUCAGUUUUAUAAAGACAAGUUUUCUGGAACAAAGUACAUUUCGAUACUCUUGAAAUGCAGUUUUAUAAUAAAGUAUCAAACAUAUAUGAAUAUCUUGGACAAAGAUUAGCAAUGAAUCAGUAUGUGCAGGGCUGUCAUUAUUCAAUGCAGUAUUUUUUUUAGGUGAUGUGUUUAUAUAUAUAUAUAUAUAUAUAUAUAUGUGCAGUUUGCCCUUCACUGUGCUCACAAUAUCCACAGAAAUGUUAACACAGUUUUGUGCAGUGCUGUGUGUAUUUCAACAACAGUGACCACCUCUUCAUAUGAAAAAAGAAAAAAAAAGUAACAUAAGUGCACUUCUGGAGUCACUGCCUCAAACACAAACUUUCAGCUAUUGAAAAAAGGAAUGUACUUGUCAAGGUGUUUUUAGUUUAUUUUUGUUUCAUCAUGUUUCAUUGAAAUUUGUUUUGAAAUUUGUUUCGUCGGGAUAUCGGAGAAAUAAAAAUGAAUUAGACUUUCUAAUAAACAUGAGCAAAU